UAUGAUACGUCGGAUUUGCGUCGGAUUAACAGCUAGGUACGUUUUGUGUCUGCUCACUUGCCCUUUCUCCCUCGGAAUAUGGUCUGAUCAGUUUCUCACUUCCGCAGUGAUUGGAGUCCUAGUACAGUUGAACCACUCACAUCUUCUCAUCUGCCCACCAUGUCAUUCGCCCCCCGCUGCGACACCGAGUCCAGCUCGAUAUGACCAUUCCCUUGUGUUGCUAGCACAACACGACAAUCGCAAGCCCAGGGCGGCGAGCAGUUAUUUCGCUUAAUGUGACUGCCAGUGUUGUCCUUGAGGAGAGGAACUCAGUCCUUGCUAGUUCUUCGUGCCUCUCCCUUAUGUUUCCUUGGUCACUGGUCUUUCUAUCACACUGAUCAAUCUCUCUACUUCACUCACUCAUGCAGUGAGUAUACGAGCUCAGUGGACUUAUGAUAGUCACUAUAUUGAUUGUAUAUACCUGCAGUGAGUAUACGAGCUGCAGAAGGCAUUAGCUAAGUGCGAGAUAUCUAAGUAUUCUGUACUGACCUCAGUGGACUUAUGAUAGUCACUGAGGAAGUUCUACUAGCUGCGAGGAAAUGAAACAAAG